AUGACUGUCACUAACAUUAAGGCUGCCAUUGUUCCUGGCACCACUGGCGAAGGUGAAUUGACCGAAGUAGCCACCAUUUCUUUGCCUCAAUUAUCAGCCGACCAGAUCUUAAUCAAGUCAGUUGCCUAUGCCGUAAACCCUACCGACUGGAAGCACAUUGCCUAUGGCUUGAGUCCUAAGAACGCUAUUGCAGGCUCGGAUGUCGCUGGUGUUGUCGAAAAAGUGGGCGCCAACGUCAAGGGCUUCAAAGAAGGUGAUAAAGUGUCUGGUUUCAUCCAUGGUAACACUUCUGCCACCGUUGGUGCUUUUGGUGAAUAUGCUCUCCUCAACCCAGAUACAGCCAUCAAGUACGAAGCCUCGCAAAUUUCAGACAAACCUUUGUCUGUUGGCGAACACCCAGCCGACUUGUUAAACACCUUUGAAGGUAUUGCUGGUGUUUCUUUAGGUUUGGUUACUGUAUCGUUGUCCUUCGCUCAUAGUUUACAAAUUCCAGCUGACAAGGAAAAAAACAAGAAUGCUAGUAUUUUAAUCUGGGGUGGUGCUACUGCUACUGGUGUUCUUGCUAUUCAGUUGGCCAAAUUGGUUUACGGUUUGAACGUUAUUGCCACUGCCUCUUCCAAAAAUCACGAAUUUUUGAAGUCGAUUGGUGCCGAUGCUACAUUUGACUACAAGGAUGUCAAGGUUGUUGAAGCAAUUAAGACCUAUGCUAAGGGUUCCAUUUUGUAUGCUCUUGACACUGUUGCCAGCCCAACUACUUUUCAAGCUACCUACGAUGCUACUGAAGGUGCCGAAUCUGUUGCUAUUGACAACUUGUUGGCUUUGAACGGCUCUAGCAUCACUACAAAGCCAGAAAGAAAGACUACUUAUGGUCGUACUUUGGCUUACACUGCUCUUGGUGAAAGUAUUGACUUGGGUGGUGGUGUUGUGCCUUCAACUCCAGAGCUCAUGAGUGACUACCUCAACUUCUGGAAGAAUGUUCUUCCACCAUAUAUCCCUCUUCUUAAGCAUUCAAAUCUUAAGGUGUUGCCAGCUGGUUUGGAAUCUGCCUCCAGUGCUCUCGAAUUAUUGAGACAAGAUAAGGUUAGUGGUGAAAAGGUUGUUUUCAGAUUUGACUAA